AUGAACCAAUACAUCCAGCCCAACGACGGGACGCGACAGGACGCGACUACAAGCAUGGAGUCAGAGAUGUCUCAUCAUCAGCGCAAUCUUGUUGACCUCUGCUUUGAAGAGGGCGAGUAUGAUGCCGGAAUAGAGCUCCUUAGCCAGCUCAAGUCUUCUACACAUCGACCUUCCAAGUCGCAUAUUCGACAACUUUUGUACAUUGCAUUGCUUUCUUCGAGCGACAGAGAGGCCCGAGUUGACCCAUCCGCAUCUCCAAGUAAACGCCAAAGAAAACUGGUAGAGCUGCCUUCUCUGGCUGCUUCUCGGGCGGCCCAAAUGCUACUGAUGUCCUUUGUGUCCAUAAACAAUCCAAGGGGGCUGAUGCUUGCUCUACAACCCGGUGAUGUGGACUCCGAUGAGGAACCUGAGGGUUUCCUUGCCACCGAAUCCUUAUGCAUCAGCUGCUGCAAACACUGUUGGCAAAUCCUUGUCGAUGGAUUCCUCCUCGAUCAGCACAUCAUAUCGUCUAAAGGGAAAGGCCGAAUGCAUUCGACUUUAUCGUUCAACGAUCCCACAAAAACACCUUCUCCCGUAGGGGAAACUGCUUGGCCUAUUCUGGAAUGGUUCGUGUCCAUUUUCGAACGGGACCAGCAAACAUCCACGAACAACCCCUCUUAUUCUCCUCUGCUGUUGGAGCAACUCGGAACACCGUCUAGACGUGAUUCUGAUGCUGCAUUGGCAACCUGCCACUACUGUUUUGCGCAGGCGGACCCCCAGCGCCGUCUCCUUGGUGUGCGGUUGCUCAACUUGUUACUCAACCUUGCCUCAGCAACGGACCUCGAUUUCCCAUUAAUCGUUCUGUCCAUCUUCAAUGGUUUAUCGGGAAAAUCGCCAGAGGACAUCGCCUCGUUGUUGGCGAGCCUCAAGCCCUCACCGGCCGUGUUCAAGUUCAAGAUUGCCUUCUAUCAGAAGUAUUUCAAUGACGCUACGAGCACUUCCCGGCCAACAGCCCGGCCACGACCACAAGCUAGGGCACAACAAAAAGGAACUCAGGCGCUGACCAGGGAAGCUUCUCAGCUUGUCAACAAGUAUCGUGCCCCAAGUUCUGGUGACCUCUUGCGCCUCAUGCAGACUCCCACAACGGCGCCGGAUGAUGAUGCAUUGAGGAUCAAGUUCGACUUGCUGGUUUCAUAUCAUGAGUUCCAGACACAAGCCUCCCCCGCUGAGAGGGAUGCGGAGUGGUCAGAGGUGGUGCGGAAUGGCACUCUAUUAGAUGAAACCUUCGGGUGCAGAGCGAAUAUCAACGGUGUGGGCCUGCUAUAUCGAGACAUGUUGGAGACAAUUCUGAGCGUUAACUAA